AUGUCAAACAAUCUACUCGAUCCAAAGGCACUGUUGGAUCCACGCCAACGGUCGACGAGCAACGCGGACACCAUCUCCUUCACUGACGGGACAACUGUUGCGCCUAGCAGCUACCUGUCAGAUGUACCGCAGUAUUACGACCCGGACCAGCCUAAAGGUGUCGACCUCGGAGACCCCAACAGGCCAUUCCCUCAUAGCCCCGAUCAACUCGGCCAAUUACUAGACCCCAAAUCACUCGAUGCCCUCAAGUGUUUUGGUGGUCUCGAGGGCCUCGCUCGCAGUCUCCGUGUAGACCUCAAAGCUGGUCUUAGCGUGGAUGAGCUCGAACCGCAUACUUCCUCGCACGGCCCAUCCACUGAAAGAGUUCGCACCUAUGGGCGCAACCAGCUUCCAGCGAAAAAGCCCAAGUCAAUCUGGAGGUUGGCAUGGAUCACUCUUCAAGAAGCAGUUCUGAUCAUGUUAUUGGUGGCUGGCGUCAUAUCCCUUGCGCUCGGUCUCUACGAGACCUUUGGGGUAGCCCACAAGCCUGGCGACCCUACGCCCGUUGAUUGGGUUGAAGGCGUUGCUAUUUUGUCCGCUGUUGUCAUUGUCGUGGUAGUCGCCUCGCACAAUGACUGGCAAAAAGAAAAGGCUUUCGUCAAGCUGAACACCAAGAAGGAUGACAGAGAAGUCAAGGUGCUUCGGUCCGGCAAGUCUAUGCUUGUCAACGUUGUCGACGUGGUCGUCGGAGAUGUUCUUUACCUUGAGCCGGGUGACUUGAUCCCUGUUGAUGGCAUCUUUAUCGAUGGGCACAAUGUCAAAUGUGAUGAAUCAACUGCAACCGGCGAGUCAGACUCCCUGAAAAAGACGCCCGGCGCAAAGGUCUUUGCACCAGAUUGGAACAGCAGCAAAGAUCCUGACCCAUUCAUCAUUUCCGGGUCAAGGGUUCUUGAAGGCAUGGGGACAUUCCUCUGUACUUCGGUCGGGACCAACAGCAGCUUUGGCAAAAUCAUGAUGUCAGUUCGGACGGAUAUUGAGUCGACGCCCCUGCAAAAGAAACUAGAGGGAUUAGCUGUGGCUAUUGCUAAGCUCGGUGGUGGUGCUUCAGUGCUCAUGUUCUUCAUCCUCCUUUUCCGCUUCUGUGCACAUCUCCCUGGGGAUGACAGGCCGGCGGAGGAGAAAGCAUCGACCUUUGUUGACCUUUUGGUCGUGGCCAUUGCUAUCAUUGCUGUGGCUGUGCCUGAAGGUCUACCUCUUGCUGUCACCCUUGCGCUAGCCUUUGCUACGACGCGCCUUUUGAAGGAGAAAAAUCUCGUCAGAGUGCUUAGGGCAUGCGAGACUAUGGGUAAUGCUACUUGCAUCUGUUCAGACAAGACAGGAACUCUGACUACGAACAAAAUGACCGUCACCGCCGGCCGCUUUGGUGAUUCCAGCUUCACCGAUGAUACUUCUUCGUGGGCCUCGAGCUUGUCUCAGGACACCAGAAAGCUCAUCACUCAGUCAGUAGCCAUCAACUCCACGGCUUUUGAAGGAACACAUGAAGGAGAGACAACAUUCAUCGGCUCCAAGACGGAGACUGCGCUACUACAGCUUGCCAGGGACCAUCUUGGCAUGCAGUCCCUUUCGGAAAUCAGGGCAAACGAACAAAUCGUCAUCAUCGAGCCCUUCGACUCUGUCAAGAAGUAUAUGACCGCUGUCAUCAAGGUUCCAUCUGGCUACAGAUUACUCAUCAAGGGAGCCUCGGAGAUCAUCGUCGGGUUUUGCACACAGCAGGUAAACCCAAUCACCAGUGACCUUGAACCCCUGGACCGCAAAUCCGCGGAGGAAUCCAUCCUUGCAUUCGCAAGCAAGUCUCUCCGUACCAUUGGAAUGGCGUACAAGGACUUUGAGGAAGUACCUGAUCUUGAAAGCCUGAGCGACUUGACUCUUCUUGGUGUCGUUGGCAUCCAGGAUCCGGUCCGCCCCGGCGUUCCUCAGGCUGUACAAAAUGCCAAGCGUGCUGGCGUUGUGACUCGGAUGGUUACAGGAGAUAACUUGGUCACUGCCCGAGCUAUUGGCACGGAAUGCGGCAUCUUUACUGAUGGUGGCAUUAUCAUGGAAGGUCCUGAAUUCCGCAAACUGUCCGAGGAGGAACUCGACAAUAUCAUCCCCCGGCUACAGAUUCUAGCCCGCUCAUCGCCAGACGAUAAACGCGUCUUGGUUACACGUCUCAAGGCCUUGGGAGAAACCGUGGCUGUGACAGGCGAUGGCACUAAUGACGCACCUGCUCUUAAGGCUGCCGACAUUGGCUUCUCUAUGGGGAUUUCAGGUACCGAAGUAGCGAAAGAGGCUUCCGAGAUUAUCCUUAUGGAUGAUAACUUUGCCUCUAUCAUCACUGCUCUAAAAUGGGGCCGGGCUGUUAAUGACGCUGUACAGAAGUUUUUGCAGUUUCAAAUCACUGUCAAUAUCACUGCGGUCAUCCUGUCGUUUGUUACUUCCAUGUACAAUGAUGACUACGAGCCAGUUCUCAAAGCCGUGCAGCUGCUAUGGAUUAACUUGAUUAUGGAUACAAUGGCUGCCCUGGCUCUGGCCACAGACCCCCCCACAGAUGCCAUCCUCGAUAGGCCUCCUCAACCCAAGUCUGCACCGCUCAUCACCAUGAACAUGUGGAAAAUGAUCAUCGGUCAAUCUAUUUUCCAGCUCGUUGUUGUCCUCGUCCUUUAUUUCGCCGGCGGCGCCAUUCUCAACUACGAUGUCAGCAUUGAAAGUGAGAAGCUUCAGCUUGAUACUAUCAUCUUCAAUAUGUUCGUUUGGAUGCAAAUCUUCAACGAGCUAAACUGCCGUCGGCUCGACAACAAGUUUAAUAUUUUCGUGGGAGUCCACCGAAACUGGUUUUUUAUUAUUAUCAACCUCAUCAUGAUCGGCCUACAAGUUGCCAUUGUCUUCGUGGGUAAUCGAGUCUUCGAUAUCGAUCCUGAUGGUCUCGACGGUCCUCAGUGGGCUAUUUCAAUCCUCGUCGCGGCAUUCAGUCUGCCAUGGGGUGUGGUCGUGCGCAUUUUCCCUGAUGAGUGGUUUGCAAAGGUUGUCUACUUUGUGGCACCACCUUUUGUCAUCUCGUAUAGGUUUCUUGCGAGAGGUUGCUCCAAAUUUGCCAGGCUUUUUAAACGAUCUAAGAAAUUGGGUCGUGGAGAAGACAGCGAUUCCUCGGAGGCAAAAACACAAGACAUGGAGAAGCCAUCUACAGUUGGGCCAAUCAUCGUUGAACAGGCUUAG